AUGAACGACACUCAAGUUAAUGCGAAUGAUCAUAAAAUAAUCAAAGAAUUGAAAUCAGAAAUUAGAUAUUGUCUUGAUGAAAAAUAUUUACCUUCGAUUUUACAGAUUCAUUGGGUUGGUACGUAUUUAGAUCCAUCAUUUAAAUCAUUUUUUUUCGUUUCCGAUCAUUCAUAUUUGGAAACACAAAAGAAGGAAGUUCGGAAAGGUCUUCAUAUUCUUGCGUCUGAUAUCAUCCAGCAAUUCGACAGUUCUCAUUCGUCACAAUCACAGCAUGUAUCAAGUACUUCACCAUCACCAUCAUCAAAACGCUUUAAAAAUGAUCCAUUUGCUGAUUUUCAUGUAUCACGUCUCGGUAUUGAUUUAUUAACAAUAUGUUCACAUAAAUUUCAUGGACCGAAAGGUAUUGGUGCUCUUUAUAUUCGUCAAGGAAUUAAAUUAGAAUCAAUUGUUUAUGGUGCACAACAUGAACAAGGUCUUAGACCAGGUACGGAAAAUGUUUUAUCUAUUAUUGGUUUAGGAAAAGCUUGUCAAUUAAUAUCAAAUAAAUCUAUAUUAAAUAAAAGAAUUGAACAAAUGAAACGAACACGUGAUAAACUUUAUCAAGGAUUAAUAAAUAAAUUUAAUCAUAAUAAUGAUCAAGAUUUAAUUAUUCGUAAUGGAAAUGAACAAUGUUUACCAAAUACAUUAAGUUUAACUUUUCAUGGAAUAAAUGCUAAAAAAUUAGUUAAUCAAUUAAGUAAUCGAUUAGCAUUUUCAACAGGUAGUGCUUGUCAUGAAGAUAAUCAACAUCAAUCUAUAUCAACAACACUUCAAGCUAUUGCGCAUAGCACAGUUCGAUUAAAUACAAGUUAUAUGACAACAGAUGAUGAAAUUGAUCAAGCUAUUGUUAUUAUUACAAAUGCUGAUAGACAACAACUUUCUUCUUCUUUGAUUAAUGAACAUCAACAUCGUUAA